CCAAUCCUGUUCACUUCUUGUCUUGUCCGUAACCAAGAAAAACCCUAAAAUUUUGAAAAAAAAGAAUUGAUAAAAAAGGGACGGGCUCUGCUUUCUCGUUUGCGCUUCUCUUUCUCCUUAUCCGUGGAAAGGACGAAGGCAGCGUGGGGGAAUCGGAAGCGUUGCCCCUUUCUUGGAAUAGGGAGAGCCAGUGUAUUAAAGGAGGAGGAGGUCCGGUCACCGCCCCUCCGCCGGUUAUCUUGGGAUCACCGCCGCCUCCGUGGGAUGACGAGAGCCAAGCGGCGACCAUGAAUCAGAAAUCGGAUCCCGGCCCCCUCUUCAGCGGCGGCGGAAUCAGCUUCCUCAUUGGAUCCAGAAAUGGGAGGUUCAGUUAUGGAUAUUCCGCUUUUAAGGGUAAAAGAGCAUCAAUGGAAGAUUUUUAUGAGACAAGGAUAGCAGAAGUUGAUGGUCAGAUGGUUGCAUUCUUUGGUGUAUUUGAUGGCCAUGGAGGUCCUCGAGCUGCAGAAUAUUUAAGGAUCCACCUUUUCAAAAAUUUAAGCAAUCAUCCAGAUUUUAUUAAAGACACAAAGUCAGCUAUUGUUGAAGUUUUUAGACAAACAGAUACUGCUUAUAUUGACGAAGAAAAAGGUCAGCAGAAAGAUGCUGGUUCAACCGCAUCAACUGUCCUUUUGUUAGGUGAUCGACUUUUUGUUGCAAAUGUUGGAGAUUCCAGAGUAGUGGCAUCCAGAUCUGGCUCAGCAAUUCCACUGUCUAUUGAUCAUAAACCUGAUAGGUCUGAUGAGCGUCAACGAAUUGAAAAUGCAGGAGGAUUUGUCAUAUGGGCAGGCACUUGGCGGGUUGGUGGUGUUCUUGCUGUUUCUCGUGCAUUUGGAGAUAAAUUGCUUAAGCCAUAUGUUGUUGCUGAACCAGAAAUUCAGGAAGAAGAUAUCAAAGGAGUUGAAUUUCUGAUAAUUGCCAGUGAUGGGCUUUGGAAUGUUGUAUCUAAUGAGGAAAAUCCUUGGCACUGCCCUGCUGUGAUGAUCACUGAUAGGCCGUGGACAUUGUGCAGGGCAUAUCUGAUGCUGAAACUUCUGCUAGAAAACUUAUAGAAGAGGCCUAUUCCAGAGGAAGCAAUGAUAACAUCACAUGUAUUGUUGUCCAAUUUGACAAUUCAUGACUGUAUUAAAUUGUCUAGAUCUGUGCCACCCAGAGAAGUAAAACUGAUUCUUUACCAGAAAAUAGAACUGAUCAUUCUCUGUGUGGUCCAAGUGCUUGAUCUUGCCAGUUUUAAUUUAGCCUGCCUGGAGGAUCUCAGCUUAACAUGCCCGUAGUGUCUGUUUGUUUACUAGCUGACUGCUUUCGAACCAAUUCAUUGUGCUAACUAGACUUUAGUGUGUUUAAUUACCCUUGGCUUGCUUUUGCUCCAGUUAAUCAUUUGUGGAGCUGUAAAACUCUGAGCUUGUUGAAUGUGUCUUAUAUUAAUGUCAUGCAUUUCUGAUCA